AUGGAGGGGCAGAGCUGUUCACAAGUGAGAAGACUGCACAUUGUAUACUUUCUGAGCAGAAAGGGCAAAAUCGAACAUCCACAUCUCGUCCGAGUUCAUCAUCCCUCUACAAACGGUGUUCGGCUAAGAGAUGUGAAGAGGUGGCUUGGAGAGUUGAGGGGGAAGGAUAUGCCGGAAUCGUUUUCUUGGUCAUACAAGAGGAGAUACAAGACGGGUUAUGUAUGGCAAGAUUUGGUGGAUGAUGAUUUGAUUAAUCCAAUCUCGGACAACGAAUACGUCCUCAAAGGAUCAGAGAUUUUAUCCACCAUAAUUAAAGGUAAGGACUCAAAAAUCACAACUACGAAAGAAGAAAAUGAACAAAGCCAUAACUCAUCAGAGUACAUCUCGACAAAAUCGUCAUGCGAAAUCGAGCAAGAAUCUCCAAGUUUCGGCUCCGAAUCAUCCACAGUAACAGAGGACUCAAUAAAAGCCGAUAAGACUGAGAAAAUAACAUCGUCCAAAAGUAGUAGAGAUGGAAAGAAAGACGAAAAGAACAAAAAAGAUGGUCCUUUGCAUUUCUACUCGGCCCUUUUAAGCAAGAACAACAAGAAAACGGCCAACAAAGUCGACACUGGUGAAAAAACACGUUCUUCAGACAAUUCCAAAAUUUCAGCAUCGAAGAGCAAAAGCACUUCAAAUUCAAAUGGGUCGUCCAAUAUGUUGCGUAACUUGAUAACUUGCGGCCCCUUGUACACUAAUGAUUCGGCUGUUGUGGCCAUAAAUAAGCAGAAUAGUAAUAAUAAUAAUAAUAAUAAAAGUAAAAAUAGGCUCAAUUUGUUGAACAUGCAUUCGAGUGAUUUCAGAAAUGUGGUUUGCAAAGAUGAUAAGCUCGGAGGGUCUCAGAGGAUACUCACAACACCUAAAUGGACUCAACAGCAACUACUUUCUUGUGGAAGAAAGAGCUUCGAUGGAGUUAAGGAUUCAUUAAAGAGCAAGAGUGACUUGAGAGACAAGACAACACCAUCUGCCACUUACUUACCUGUUAAUGUUAAUGUGCCUGACUGCUGGCAAUGUGGGAACCCAAUCAAGCCAGAGAAACUUCAUGCACAUUUUAAACCAUGCAAGGGAAUGACAGCCAUAGCCAAAACUCCUACCAUUUCUCCAAAUGUUAACAAGGCAUCAUAAAGAUCAAGUGAAGCACAUAACAUGGGCUAAGUGUCUGGCUUUUAAUUUGCUCAUUUUAGUUGUUAGUACCAUUCGAGUAUUUUAUGUUUGUUCGUUCCUCUAAUGUAAAGAAGCAACCACCAUAACCCGAAAUUUCACAACUUCGAUAGAUUCUGAUUAGUACAAUCAUAUCGAGCUUGCAGAAUACAAUACUACCUUCUUCUUCUUUUUUUUCAUUCCCUUUUUUGGUUUGAAAUAUAUUGGUGGGAUUGAAUAAAAUUGUUACACGUUACA